AUGGCACCCCUAGUCUGGAUGCAGCCUGCUGCGGGCUCUGCAGCAGCCUUUCGGGAGGACGAAUUUGUCUCCCUCUGGUGCGACAUGUACGCCAUGCUACUGAGGCUUAACUUUUGGAAACGCGAGGAUGUUAUAUUCCCGCAGGCAGACACGGGGAGGCACGCUCAGCUGGACACUCAGCGUUUGUUGAACGAAAAGGGGAUGAGCCCGGAGGCUGUUUCACUCCUUGAGCGGCUGCCUUACCCCCGAAUCGCGUCGUACCGGCGCAUGCGCAUUUAUCGCGAGGCCGACGCCAUGAAUUACUUGGAGGGGGAUGAUGUGAACGGUUGUCGCGAUCCGCACGAUAUGGCGCAGUAUUCUGCCCACCCUGAAAGCUUGAAUGAUGCCAGCUACCUCCUGCCUCAAGACGUCGCCUUAGCCCGCCCUGAUGAGAGUGAUGGUCUUGCCUGGAUCCUGGAUCUUAGUCACAAUGCCUUUAGAUUCGUCUCUGGGCCCCUUGAAGCUCCAGCCAGAGGAGUUCCGGGUGGUCCUCCCCGGGACUACCCGGUUGAACGGCCGGACGACCCGGAUCACUACAGAAACUGGCCCAUGUACCAUGCGCCGACUGUCCUGCGGACGUGGAUUCAGGACGUACUCGAUCUUGAACUGGUUCCAGCCUCAAGUCAAGGCGAGUACUGGAGCACUUCAUCUGAAAUUCUUGGCCAGGUGAUUGGCAAGGCCCUAAGACUUUACGGCUGGCCAGCUGAGUUUCGCGAGCAGGACUGGGCGCGUGACUCUGAGCAGAUUUAUCUUGCCGCAGGCGAAGUCGAGGAGCGUUAUGAAGAUGGAUUCGAUUCACAUAAGUUUGGACGAGACAGACAAGAGCUUCUUUCUCAGUGGAGAGAGGAUCCGGACCUUAUUCCGGAUGUUGGUUUGGAUCUAUCAUAG